GCCGCCAGCUCUUCCCGCGGGCCCGGGGAGGGUGGGCACCGGAGCGGGGGCCAUGGAGCCCGAGGCGCUGAACCAGACGGGCUGGGGCAACGCGUCGGGGCCGGCGGCGGGGGGCAGCGCGGCGCUGCUGGGCAUCGGCGUGGAGAACCUGGUCACGCUGCUGGUCUUCGGGCUCAUCUUCGCGCUGGGCGUGCUGGGCAACGCGCUGGUCAUCACGGUGCUGGCGCGGAGCCGCGCGGGGCAGCCGCGGAGCACCACCAACAUCUUCAUCCUCAACCUGAGCAUCGCGGACCUGGCCUACCUGCUCUUCUGCGUGCCCUUCCAGGCCACGGUGUACGCGCUGCCCGGCUGGGCGCUGGGCGCCUUCGCCUGCAAGUUCACGCACUACUUCUUCACCGUGUCCAUGCUGGUCAGCAUCUUCACGCUCUCGGCCAUGGCCGUGGACCGCUACGUGGCCAUCGUGCACUCGCGCCGCUCCUCGGCCCUGCGGGUGGCCCGCCACGCGCUGCUGGGCGUGGGGCUCAUCUGGGCGCUGGCGCUGGCCCUGGCCUCGCCCGUGGCCACGCACCAGCGCCUGGUGUACCGCGCCUCCGGCAACCUCACCUUCUGCUGGGAGCAGUGGCCCGACCCGCGCCACAAGAAGCUCUACGUGGUCUGCACCUUCGUCUUCGGCUACCUGCUGCCCCUGCUGCUCAUCUCCUUCUGCUACGCCAAGGUCCUUAAUCAUCUACAUAAAAAGUUGAGAAACACAUCAAAGAAAUCAGAAGCAUCCAAGAAAAAGACAGCUCAAACUGUAUUGGUGGUGGUAGUGGUUUUUGGGAUAUCCUGGCUGCCACAUCAUAUAAUCCACCUCUGGGCUGAAUUUGGAGUUUUCCCACUGACUCAAGCUUCGUUUCUCUUCAGAGUAACAGCGCACUGUCUGGCUUACAGCAAUUCUUCUGUGAAUCCUAUCAUAUACGCGUUCCUCUCUGAAAAUUUUAGGAAGGCCUACAAACAAGUCUUCAAAUGUCAGAUAGGUAAUGAAUCUCCUCUGAAUGAUGUUAAAGAAAAUAAAAGUCGGAUUGAUACACCACCAUCUACCAAUUGUACUCAUGUGUGAAUAAGUAAAGAAAAAAUUCUGUGAUGUUGGGUUUUCAUUUGUGUGGAUUAGACUACUAGAGGACAAAGCACAAUUUGCUUCCCAAAAGAGCUGCAUCUUUCAGCUUCAUCUUGGUAUCGGGGAUUUAAUUUAAUGAAAUUCUGUAUUUAGAAAACCUUGUGAAUUCAUUUUAAAGAUAACUGGGCACAUUCUUAAUCUGCUAGACAUCUUUGUCUAGCACAUGUCAAAUGAAGCUUUCUGUCCUUUGAAAGAUGUUCCAGGAAAAAUGGGUAAUGGUAUGUCUGUGCUAAUUCAUUUAUUCAUUUAGAUGGGAAGUUAACAUGUUAUUUACAGAUAUUCAAGUACAGCAUAUGUCAGUGGUACUUAUGACACAAAGAUAAAUUAACAUGGAAUGUAGUUGUACACUUCCUAAUUCAGUUAUACAAAUUCAUAUUUUAUUUUAUAAAUUUAAGGAGAUAGCUAUUUUUUCCCUUAGAAAGGGUAAUGAAUACUGCAGUAGUUUGAUUUCAGAAGUGGUUAUAUUUUAAAGCUAAUCUAAAGCUCCUGUCAUCCCUUCAAGUUCUGUUCUGACAAAGCUUUUUCUUGUUGUAAGUACAUGUGAACUCUGCUUUUAAGUGGAAAUAUUUUUCUUAUGUUGGUGUAAUUACUUAGAGAAGAAAUGCUGAUCUUACUUGCCUUUCUGAUGCACCCUUUAAAUCAAGGAAAUGAGGCACUAAGGCUUAGCUUCAUGUACCUUGCCUGACUGCACACACAAAACAACGGUAAUACGUUUGUAUUAUCUUUGUGACACCUUUAUAAGGUUUUGCUUAGGGUGUGCACAUAGUUGUUUCAAAAUAAGAGUUCACAAAUGCAAAGUAGGAAGGUUUUUUCAGGUGCCUCUGUACUUAUGUGCUGUUUAUAUCUACAAGUAUAUACCUAGAUAUUGAGAUAUUAACUAAAACAUUAGGCUAUAUAUAUUUAAAAAAAUAGUGUUCUUGGAGAAUUUCUGGUGGGGCUGAAAUCUUUGACACUGGCAUUCCAAAAAUUGGGACUUAAUAUCAGAUAGCUGUAAGUUAGAAAAAUUUAAAUAGUAGUAUUAUGCCAGUAAUAUAUACCAGCAUGACAGUAGUAUGCUAGUAACAGUAAUAAUAUUAAAAUGCCCCUGUAAACAACUAACAUGAGUAGUUUCAUUGAGUUUGAACACAGCUGAUGAUCUGGUACAAAUGGUAAAUUUCCACUGAAGUUAAUAGAACUACACCCAUUUUUUGCAGCUGGGAGUCUGAUCUCUAAGGCUAAGUAUAGACAGUCAAAAAGCCUAAGGCUGAAUUGAUUCAGUCUUUGCAGGUUAGUAUAAGCUGCAAAAAUUGAAUCAAUAAAACAAUGAACAAACAUUCACUUUUGAUUUAGGAAAUGCAGCUGCAUGCCUACAGUGGCUCAGGCUAGAAGCUGGGGGGCAUUAAAUCAUGGCUGUCUGACACAUAGCCAGCAUGAGCUGUGUGUUUGCUUCCUCUUUCUGCUGCCCCAGAGGUCUCUGGGAUUUGCAGUCCACAGUCACAGCAGCAGGACUCUCAGGGUUGCUCAUCACUUCCUUCUCCUGCUUCCAGGCGUUUCUGGGAUUUGUAGUCCACAGUUGCAGCCAGCAGUAAGUUUAGCAGGCUAGGGCAGUGCUCUACAGAGCGGAAGGGAAGUUUAACCCCCGUCCCUGGCCCCAGACCCCAGCUGGGGUAUGCCCAAGGGGACCAGUGAGCCAACCCUCACUGCUCCGGCUAGGGAGCAGAUGGGUGUGGCCAGCACUGCUCUCUGGAGCAGAUAGCACAGCCCAGCACAGGGCUGAGAAGCAUGCUGGGGCACUGGGGGACUCUGAUUUAACUUGAAACAGGAAGUUGUCUAGGACAAAAGUUACAUAAACUGGGUUGACCCAAAUCAGUUAAGUCUGAUAACUACAUUCAACCAGGUUUAUCUCAAGUCAGUUUCAGCUAUUUUAAAACUAGUUUAUGUGUACUGAACUACUAUUCUGUUACAGGUUUAAACUGGUUUCUGACCACUUGAAUCAGUUUAUGUGUAACUUCUGUUCCUAGCCUAAAAGUGAAAUGUACUCUUAGACCAUCUGGUUUAAGACCUACUGAAGUUAAUAUAAGUAUUUAUUUUUGGGUUUGUUUCUCCCCUCCCCCCCCAAAUUUCCUCCAGUGAAUUUUGUCACAUUCCUCUUUUUCCUUAGACUUUAUUAAUAAUGUGGAACUGAGGUAGAUGAGAACAUGUACUUGGUGAAAGAUAACUCUGAUAAAAUCUAGGAAACCCUGAUAUAUCAGGAAAUGUACUAAGGUUUGACUUGCGUGAAAAUAUCUGCAUUUAUACAUCGCUGUCAUACUCUUAGAGUAACUAUCAUCCCCCCCUCCCCCAAUAGUACCACAUUAUCAAGGGUGGCCGCAUGUCUUGAACCUUGUAGCUGCAAACAAACAUUUUGAGACAUUUUAGAAUUGCAGGAUGUAAAGCUUUCAAGAUGUGCAUUUCCCAGAACCAAUGAUCUGUACACUUACUUUCUUCAUGAGCUUCAUUUAAACAGCUUGGAUUGGUUCAUGCAGCUUGCAAGCCAUGGUUUGCCCACCCUUGGUGUAUAUAUAUAUAUAUAUAUAUAUAUAUAUAUAUAUAUAUAUAUAUAUAUAUGGUACUUCUACUUGCUCAUUCACUUAGUCCUGCAUGUGAAUAGCUUCCUCUUUAUUAUGUGUAUGUGAGUGCAUGAAGGGGUAUGGCAUUAUUGUCCUAUAUAAAAAAAACACAUUAAGAUAGAAUAAAAAUGGCUGAAUCCAGAAUCUGAGAGGUAAACUUUCUGAGGAAGACUCUUUUGGAAGCUGGUCUGGGAUUAUAAAUUUAAUUCCCACAGGCAAAAUAGGGCAUCAUAGACCUUACAACUUUUCAUUUCAAGUGCAAGACAUAUUUGACCUUGUUUUCUUGAAAAUAUAAUACAUGGCAAUGCACAUAAAUUAUUUCUUUAGGGAAACUAAUCAAAUUAAAAUACUACACUAAACACAGUUGUUCUCCUAGGGAGAGAAUGAGAGAAGGAAUGAACAGUAUUUGACUAAUAUAAGAACUGUGCUAUGGAAGAGGCUCAGUACUAGGUAUACGAACCUAUACAGAAUAGAAUAAAGAUAUACUACUAUAUAUCUGUAAAAAGGAAUAUGUGUGAAAGUUAUUUUAUGUAGUGGUUUUCAUGGCUUGCAUUGCAAAAUACUCUCUUCAAAUACCUGAAGUUUGAUUAUAAAAGAGGGGUGAUAGAGUAUUACUUGUGGCUUCCCUCUAUCAAAUGUAAUGCUGACUACAACUGUGGACUACAAAUCCCAGAGGCACCUGGAAGUAGGAAGUGAGCAACUCUGCAGAGUCCUGUUGCAGUAAUUCUUGACUGCAAAUGCCAGGGACCUCAGGGGCAGCAGGAAGAGGAAGUGAACACAUAGCCAGAGAGCCGCUCUAGCACAGAGGUUCCCAACCUCCAGGCCGUGGUCUGGUACUGGGCCAUGAAGGGUUGGCUGCUGGUCUGCUGACAGACUGGAAGUCCGAAAGUGACCGGAGUACUGCAGACCGGUAGCCAACAUUUUUUUUAUACUUGGUAUAUUCAGUAUACUUAGCCUGCAGUUUGCCAGUCUGCAGUCACUUCUGGUCUGUGGUUUACCGGUCCACGGUUUGCCGGUCCGUGGUCUAAAAAGUUUGGGAACUACUUCUCUAGCAGCCCCUGGCUUCUGGCCUGAGCCACUGCAGGCAUGUGGCUGUUUGACCAUCUGUACUUAGUCCUGGUGAACGUGUUCAAGCAUGAACACUUCAGGUCCUAGAAAAGGGACAAAAGUUUAAACUCUGCUCAGAUUGUAUCUGAUUAAAGAUUUAGUGCCCUUUGAAAUCAAAUGGACGUAUGUUGACUUUGAUAGACAUUGAACUGGACUCUAAAGGGGUUCAUUCUGUUAUUCAUACUGAACAUAAGUAGUUUAUGUAUGUAGACCUAAGUGAAUUCCAUGAAUUCUACUCAACAUGAAUACAAAUGGCAGAACUGGUAAAAAUUAUAACUAACUAAAGCUGCAAUUUAACAAAGAAAUUAUCCAUAUGCCUUAUCUUCAUGUGACUGAUUUCACUGGAACUUAGACAGUGUUUAAGGUCAGAAACGAAACAAAAAAGAUGUGAGGUGCUCUUUAUAUACCCAUUUAUCAAAUACUUACAAAAUGGUUGAGAGUAUAUGACUGCCAAUGGUGGUUGUUUAUGCUAUGUCUCUUAGUGAUUAUCUCCCAUAGUUUAGAAUAAAGUUCACAUUUAAAAUGUUUAAGACAAUCUUAAUAUGUUAUAUAUUUUUUAAAUACUAGAAUUUAUUGCAGUCCCUUUUAAAAGUAAAUAAAUAAAUGUCAACUGAAAAAAUUAAGGCCAAGAUCAUACUUUCCAUAUUUUUCUCUGCAGAGUGGAUGAAAGGAGAAGAAAACCCCCUUCCUGAGCCUAUAUUUUGUCAGUGAGGAGGUUGAGCCAAAGGGGCAUAUGGUAAGGUAAAAGUUAUGAAGCAUGUUAAUAUGAGAGGCUCCCUCCUGCAGAUCUCCUGAAGGGGUUCGUUUCUGUUGACCUCGGGUGAGAAGUUGACCUAAAUUGCUGCCAGUGGUUUCUAGCCAAAUAUUUUCUAGUUAUGGAAUUUCUUUUCUCUGUUUAAAAAAAAAAAGUUAUUAGAGAACUUUUCAUUAACAGGGCUUUAUGGCUGCCAAGAUGAACACUCAGAAGAGAGUUGACUAUGAAGUCAAGGUUUUUCUUGUGGCCUAAGCUCAUCUCUUCUCAUUUUUAUCUAGUAGGGUUGGAGUGUUCUGUAGACAAGAUGGUCCAGGAAAUAUGCAUGAAGUGAGGACUUUUUGGGGUAAUAUCUUGUAUUGGACCAUCUGAAUAGUUGGAAGAGAUGUUAGAAAAGCUUUUUGGGAACAAAGUCCCUUUCUCCAGGUCUAGAACUCUUAACCAAGAGUCACCAUUUCAUCUGGUAUUUACUAUUUAGCUUAGGCUGUUUUGGCUUCUUUUCCAAAGCUGAGGAAGCGCCUUUUGGAAAAGCCUGACUAAUAUCUCUCCUAAUUAUUCAGUUGGUCCAUUUGUAUGUAGUGAUUAUGAAGCUAUUUUAUUUACAUGAUCACAUACCUUCUAAACUGGGGUCAGCCGGUUUAUAAGGCGUGAUGGGCUGAAGGCAGCUGGGUCUGAAGGUGGGCUACUGCUUGCAACCUGACCAAUGCCACUGUUUCCCCUUCUGCUCCAGAGGUACAUCGCAACAGCACCCAAGCUGUCUGCUGCUGCCCCAGUCCUCUGUUGUCUGUGCCGAGGGCUGCUCUCAUUCUUGCACUCCUCUGCUUCAGCCACCCUGGCUGCUGCUCCUUACCCCUUGCAACUGAUUACCAUUGCCACUGACUGCUUCCAACACAAAAUUCAGUGGCAACAGAAGACAGGGGAUGCAGGAGAGAGAAUAAGGGCUGAGGUGGCAGCAGACGGUGCUGCAGAAAAGCAGUUCAGGUAAGACUAAUUCAGGGCAGAAUAGGAGUAGUCUGUGCCACAGUAGGCAAAAGGAACCUGGGAGUGCCUCCUCUAGGCUGGUGCUAGGGCCCCUGUUGCCCAUCCCUCCUGCACCUUCCCCCUGCUUCUGAAUUACUACCAUCAUUCUGGCUGCACAAGCUGGAUGAAAUUGCUUUGUGGGCUGAAUACAGUGCAGGCCACAGAUUGCUGAGGCCUGCUCUAAACUAACAUACCAGGCAUGUAGAAUAAUAUGCAUGUACCAGACUAGGGACACAUUCAGACAUACAGCUCUUAGCUUUAACUCCUUUUUGAAUACAGAGCAAUUUUUCUAUUGCAAAGAAUUCAGAAAGACCACAGUUAUGGAUUUAUAUUUGAAAUUCUAUACGAUUUCUAUUUGUGAAUCAUGUUUGCAAAUAGUGUGGCACCAUAUAAAACCCUUGAAAGGACCCAGGGUGCUUACAUCACUGAUAUAAGCACAUUGCAUUGGAAUUCAUCAGCAAAAGUGGAGAAAAGCAAAAUGGACAAAAGUAACACGAUAGGAGAAUUAAGUCUUACAAGUUUGUGCUUUGCUCACUGCUAUAAUGGGAACAACCUUCAGGUUGUAAUUUAUGGAACUUCUUAGUGUACAACCUUAACCUUUGGAGCUUUGGUAGAAGAGUUCAAUCAGGGCUGGAUUAAUGCUUAAGUAAACUAGGCACAAGCCUAGGGCCCUGAGCUGUGGGGGCCCCCGGUCCUUCCCUCAAUGGCAGCAGCGCAAUUGGCUCCCAUCUGAAAUGGCUCCGUCCACCUCCCUCCCCUUCCCUUCCUCUCCCCUAUGGUGGCCUCGCUGCCACAGCAGCUCUGAGCCCUGAUCCCCAGGGGCGGCAGCACCGGGGUGGGGAGCGACCUGCCCGGGGGCCAUGAGUUUGCCUUAGGCCCACGGAAGAGUUAAUCUGGCCUUGAGUUCAAUAUAGUGUUUUUCAAGGUAUACAUCAUAUGACGAGAAUAGCUUGCAUUUGUCAGUCUCUCAUUUUUUGAGAAACAAAAACAUUUGAAGGAAAUUCUAAAAUUCAUAGUCCCGCAGCUUUUGAUUUUCACUCUCAUAUUAAACAUGUGCUUGUCUUUUCAAACAUAUGUAGCUUGUUAUUAAAAAAUUACUGUAUUCUCAUUUUUGUAAAAGAACAUUACUAUCUCCAAGAGAUAAGCAGCAAGCAUUGAUGUGAAAGUGUUACAAUAAAGAAAUGUUUACUUUGAAUGUAACAUUGUGUGGACAGUGAAAAAAAAUCUAUGUACAAUACAUCGUUAUGAAUAUACUGUUUUAGACUUCAUUAUAUUUAUGGCUGCUCCACACAUUGAUCUAUUUAUAUUGUGCCUGCCAUUAUUUAUGUAUUUUCAAUAAGAAUAAAAGCAAGAUGAGAUGA